UUUUGAAAAAAAAUCGAAAACGCACAAUUUUUAAGCAAAAAAAUCAAGAAUUUACACCAACGUUCUCCCUGCAAGGACGCUUGGUGGGUACGGCACUUCGGCAUGGGCAAUCGUGUGAGCAGUUUGUGGUGUAAAAACUCAUCAUUGCAAAUCGGCGACAAUAACGGUAACAGCAAAGCGUCUACUAGUGCCACUAAAAACAAUAAAAACGAACGCAGCGAGCAAAGUCAUAGCCGAAGUCCGAGUGGGUUUUUCAAGAGUUACGGUAGUCGACGCAUGUCGUUAAGCUGUGUUUCGCGCAAAUCAAAGUCCGGUGGACAACAAGUCGAAAAAGCAAAGUCAACGGCUGAGGAGUGCGCAACAACAACAACAGUACCAAUAACAACAACACCCGUGUAUACAACGAAGUUGGGAACAACUUCGGCGGCGGCAACUUUAACCGACACUGAUAGAGAUACUUGUACAAACGCAACAACAAACACCUCAGGAACCUCAACAGGAACACCAAAAACGCUAAUUACAAAGCCAGAAAUUGCAUUAUCACAAACGAACUCACGCGCAGCGACAACAUUCACGCCAUUAACAACAACACCAACAAUCGAAACAACAAAGCUGCUGUCAUCAUCAGCCGUCCGCGACGAGUCUGUUAGCUCAACAAUAAUACGCGAUAUUAUAGCUUCUAAAAGUGAACUAAGCAGGCGUCGUGCGAUAAACAUGAAAACAAAUACAUUACCGAGGGCAACAAAAACAAAAACAGCAGCGGCGGUGACAACGCCAAAGUCUGGGCGAGCAGCGUGUAUGGAAAAUGCGCCGAAAGUGACAUCAAUCUCGACGAUAGAACAAGAAUUUGCGAAACUAAUUAAAGCGCACAACAAUAGCAACAACAGCAAUAACAAAAACAGCGAUAGUAACGAAGUGUGUAGCGUAAACAAUAGUAAUAACAAUAGCAAAAACAAAGAAAACAAUAAUAAUGAUAAUUAUAUUACGAGUAACAGUAAACAAUUGGGCUUAUCAGCGGCUCUGGCAGACACCGAUAUGCUUGCAACAACACGUAGUGCUUUGAAAACAUCAACAGAAGAGCCAGCAUCAUCGAAGUUUUUAAAGUCGCCAGUGAAGGUCAUCAUCACUGCCGCCGAUUCGAGCUCCGAAGAGGACAGCACGCAAACAGUCGGUUAUCAGCCGAUCGCUGGUCUGCCCAACAGACCCAUCAAUCAUGUGCAGCCAUUUAUGAAGAUGUCAGAUUUUUCGGAUAGUUCACAUAGUGGCGUCUCCAGUCCGGCCUCGUCGUUAAUCGAAAAUUUCCACAAGAAAAAUGGCAACACACCAACAACAAAUGUUGGUGUUGGUGGUGGUGGUGGCGUCGUUACAGUUACUACAGUUACAACGCCCGGCAUUAAUGGCCUCACGGUGGGUAACUGUAAUGGCAGUAAUGGUUUGAGCAGUGCAACAACAACGACCGUGGGGCGACACAUAAACACAAGUUCGAGUAGUAGUGUUAAGGAAACAUCAUCCACAUCGCAGCAUCAGGUCGUUAACAGCAGUACAACAACGCGCGUUGAAAAGAAACGUCUACACCAUAUAACAUCCUCAUCAUCUUCGUCAACGUCCUCCUCGUCCACAUCAUCGUCCGAAAUGAAGACGGCAGCACUGAAACGCGAUUUGAGCGAAAUCAAAAAUUCCAUGUCCGAAAUCACCGAUCUGGUCGGUCGCAAUACCAACAAUGCGAGCAGCGGUGGUGGUCUGGGCAGCAACAAAAAUCUGGCCAUCUCAGCGUCAGCGCAUCAGCCAUCCAUAAACGAUCUCACACAAAUCAAUGCGCUGAACAGCUCGGAUGCCAUCAACAAAUUGAAGAAGAAAAUUCGCUCAUCCAUUGAAAAUCUCGUCGACAGCGAUGCCGAACCGUUGGUAACAUUUCCGGACACAGAUGAUGAUCAUCACAAUUUAGCCGAUUUGGUGAGCGCUUCGAAUGGCAAAUUGACCGCCAAUGGACUGAAUGGGUCGGGUAAAAUCGUCGACACCGUUAAAUUCGAAGAGAAACGCACAAAGACCGAAUCGAAGACGAAGGUCGUAGCCGAUGGUUUCAGUACGGAGCAGGCAACCAGUAAUUUGGCCGAAAUGAAACGGCUACAAACGGGUGAUAUCGAUUAUCAGGAGGCUAAGGCGGCAGCAGCGAUGCGAAAUCGCACCGAAAUGGAUGGUGUGAAAACUGAGGAGAAUGCCGCCGUUAUACAGGAAGCCCUCUCGCUACGCACUGGCGAUAUAACUCAACAGGCUAGCAACAAUGUGGCUGCCGCCAGUAUUAAAGUGCAAAGUGACACCUUUUCCGCCGACAAGAAAGCCAUCUCACAGUCGCAACAAUCACAGACGAUGACCUCGAACGGCAUCAUCAGCCAGGAGAAGCAUAUGUCAUCCGCUUCGCAAGCGAACUACACAAUGACCCAUAAGGGUGUCUCCAGUUCGGGCAGCAGCAUGAUCUCGUCCUCCUCACAAAUGUCCGCCACCAAUGGAGCGCUCAUUAAAUUGCACGACCUAAAAUUGGAUGAUCUGAAGGCACUGACAUCUGGCAGCGGACAGCGAGAGAUCGAACAGGCUAUCGCUAAAUAUUCCCGCGUACUGACAUCAUUCGUAAAUACGCUGGAGGACUCGAAAGCAGCGCAAGAGAAAUCGUUGUAUUUGGAGAAAAUCAAUGAGGUUAUGCAACGCGCUUGGGCUGUGCCCACACACGGUCAUGAGCUCGGCUACAGUCUAUGCAACUCAUUGCGCAAUAGUGGCGGUUUAGAUUUGCUCAUGAAGAAUUGUGUACAGGGUGAUAUGAAAAUCAAGUUCUCAUCGGCCAAAUUGUUGGAGCAAUGCUUAACAACAGAAAAUCGUACACACGUCGUGGACAAUGGGCUCGACAAAGUGGUGAAUGUGGCCUGUAUGUGCACAAAGGAACCAAACACCGAACAUUCGCGUGUGGGUACCGGCAUACUGGAGCAUCUAUUCAAACACUCGGAGGGUACGUGCUCGGAUGUCAUCAAAUUGGGUGGUCUCGAUGCUGUGCUCUUCGAAUGUCGUACAAAUGAUGUGGAGACUUUACGUCAUUGCGCUAGUGCCUUAGCCAAUUUGUCACUCUAUGGUGGCGCUGAAAAUCAGGAAGCUAUGAUCUUUCGCAAAGUACCCAUGUGGUUAUUCCCGCUGGCCUUCCAUGACGAUGAUAAUAUAAAAUACUACGCCUGCCUUGCAAUUGCCGUACUCGUGGCGAACAAAGAGAUCGAAGCUGAAGUGCUUAAAUCAGGUUGUCUCGAUUUGGUGGAACCCUUCGUCACCACACACGAUCCCUCCGAUUUCGCGCGCUCCAAUUUAGCGCAUGCUCACGGACAAAGCAAGCAUUGGCUCGAACGUUUGGUGCCAGUAUUGAGUUCGAACCGUGAGGAGGCACGCAAUCUCGCCGCUUUCCAUUUUUGCAUGGAGGCGGGCAUUAAGCGUGAACAAGGCAAUACAGAAAUCUUUCGCGAUAUUGGCGCGAUCGAAGCCCUUAAGACUGUAGCGAGUUGCCCGAAUGCGAUCGCAUCUAAAUUCGCCGCGCAAGCGCUACGUCUCAUCGGCGAAACCGUGCCACAUAAACUCUCGCAACAAGUACCAUUGUGGUCGGUUGAAGACGUGCAAGAAUGGGUGAAACAAAUUAAUUUCGGUCAGUUUGUGAAACAGUUCGAGGAGUCUCAAGUUGAUGGUGAUCUAUUGCUGAAGCUGAAUGAGGAAAAUCUACGCGAUGAUAUUGGCAUCGCGAAUGGCAUACUGUUGAAACGUUUCGAACGCGAGCUGCAAAAUCUCAAACGCAUGGCCGAUUACUCAUCGAAAGAUACGGCAAAGAUGCAUCAUUUCUUGGCCGAAAUCGGUUCAGAGUACUGCACCUAUACAUAUGCAAUGCUGAAUGCCGGCAUAGAUCGGAACUCGCUGCCACAGCUGAAUGAGGAUAUGCUCAUUGCUGAGUGUGGCAUCAAGAACUCCAUACAUCGGCUGCGUAUACUGAAUGCCGUAAAAAACCUGGAAAACUCAUUACCCAGCUCGUCGGAGGAGAAUAUGGCAAAGACUUUGGAUGUCUUUGUCAGCUAUCGGCGUUCGAAUGGCUCACAGUUGGCCAGUUUAUUAAAGGUUCACUUGCAGUUGCGCGGUUUCUCGGUGUUCAUCGAUGUUGAGCGCCUGGAAGCGGGCAAAUUCGAUAAUGGACUGCUAAACAGUAUUCGACAGGCGAAGAAUUUCGUUUUAGUAUUAACACCAAAUGCGUUGCAACGCUGCGUGGAUGACGACGAUGGCAAGGAUUGGGUGCAUCGCGAAAUCGUCGCCGCGUUGAAAUCAAAUUGUAAUAUUAUUCCUAUAAUUGAUCAACAAUUUACAUGGCCAGAGACCGAUCGUUUGCCAGAAGAUAUGCGCAGCGUUUGCCAUUUCAACGGCGUCACGUGGAUACAUGACUACCAGGAUGCCUGCAUCGAUAAGCUAGAGAGAUUCAUGCGUGGUGAGAAGAAUUUGGAUCGCCUUGUGGGCAUACCCAGCACACCGGGCUCGGUGACCUACCAAAGAAUGCACAGCAAUGACUCCGACUAUCAGCAGAGCGUGGGCGGCGGCAGUGUCGGCGGCGGUGGCAGUGGCGUUGUAUGUGUUAGCGGUGCCGGUGGUGCGGCGAAUAGCAGCGGACAAGCAGCUAAUCACCAGGCAAAUAGAUACCGGCAAUCCCCUUCACCGGCCAGACAACGGAUCGGCGGCAGCUGCGGGCCGCUCGGCAGCAACGGUCAACUGAGCAUGUUCGGGCGUGGUUCGAAGCGCAACCUAAUCACGCCGUACCGCACACAACAGACGAUGGCGCAGCCGAAGGCGCUGCUCAUGGGUGGCUCCAUGCAAAAUAUGUCGCCGGCUGGCUACCGGCCACCCCGGCGCAGUUCGGCCAGUGGCAUUAACAAUGCCAAUAGCAAUGGCGCGUCAGCCGGUGCUGCCACUAAUUAUCGCAGUCAUAGUGUUGAUGAAUUGCUGGAUACCACCGACGGUUUGGGCUCCAACGAUCGUAUUGCCGAUAUGGCGGCACGUGUUACGGCCGGCAGCACAGCGCUGACCAACGCCAGUUCGACAAGCACAUUACAACCGGGCAACGAUUAUGCCUCGUCGGUCGGUUCGCUGUCCGAGUUUUCCAGUGAAGCGCCGCCGCAAACGGUCGCUAGACGUGAGAAGAGCGCCAAUAUACCAACAAAUGCGCAACACCGUAAAUCACGUUCGCUCGAUCAUUUCCUCGAUGACAAGACGUUAGCGUUAGUGGUGGCGUCGCAACCACAGCCGGCGCUCAUGGAAGGUACGCAGAGUAUGCAGAAUCUUGCCACACCCGCAACGCCCGAUCUCAAGCGCGGUACACGCACACAACCGUUGACGCAACGCGGCGACAGCGUGUCCACAUCCAGCGCCGCAACCACGCCCGAACCGGCCGAUGUUGGCUUACGGAAGGCGCACGGCGGCGGCAUGCUGCCUGUGACGCGUCGCAGCCCGGAGGGUGUCAGCUCGACGGAUGAUACACAAUCGUUGCGCAGCAGCAAUACCUCAUGCGGCAGCAUGUUCAGAUCGCAGGUGCGCGCGUCGGCGCACACGCAUCGCGGCAGUCAGAAUAGUGGCAAAACGUCGUCAACUUCGCUCAGUAGCAAUGCGCCGGGAAACAACACGCACAGCAACAGCAGUAACAACAACAAUGCAAACAAUAAAACCAUUCUGAAUCGAACAAUUAAAAAAGUUCGUUCGCUGAUGAAAAAACCAUAAGAGAGCAUCAAUUACUUGUUGCGCCUUUUGCCUGAAACCGUCGUCGUGCACGCCCAUUUCAACGUGUCUGUCUCCUCCAACACAACUGCAUCCCAAUGUCACCUAACUUGGAUUAUCAUUACUGAGCACUGUGUGAUGUGUCUGAUAACGCAUACAUAUAUACAUACAAACAUGCAUAAGCGCUAAGUGCAAAAAUAUCGGCAAAACUUUAACAAUUUCGUUUCAUAAACGAAACACCUUAAACAUAAGUGAAAACUUAGCAGCACAUGAAGUGGAAAAAAUGGCGCUUAUCAAAACCGUAAUCCGACCGAACUAACCAAUUGUUGUUAUUGGUUGUCAUUAUCAGCAACAUUCAACCUGUAUCUUGUAUAUUCAUGUCUGAACGUGUACUGCGUUUUUGUUGUAUUCGUUUAAUUAGCUGUAAACAAAAACAAUUAACUCUUAAGUCACUGUACACUUUUAAUUUAUUAUUAAUGUCACUUUUCCAAAAAAAGAAAAUGAAAAACAUAACCAAUAAAAAUCUAACUUAGUGUUAGUGCAUAAGAGUAAAUUUUACGAAAAUUAAAACAGAAAUCGCUACUAAAUUUUCAACUUUGUUUUAAACUUAUUUAUUGUUUCUAAAAUAUUGUAUUCACACUCUUUUUCUAUUCAAUCAUUUUGCACUUUUCUUUAUGCUUCUGUGUGCGUCAUAUAAAAUCACCAAUUUUUCCCACAACAAAACAAGUGUUGUAAACUAAUUAUAUUGUAUUUAUUCUGUAAUUACACGCGCAUUUAGUAACGACUUAGACGAUGACGAAAUACGUGAUUUAAUAUUAACAAAAACAACAACACCAUCCUCCGGCAGAAUUAUAUUUUGGUAGUAUCAUACAGAUUAUAAAUACGGACGAGCGGCACCUGCCAGCAAAGCAGUUGACGAGUAAUUACAAGUAUUUGUAUUUGGGAACAGACGCUUCCAAUUUCCUUUUAAGCGCCAUGGAGCAAGCGUCUUUUGCUGCUUUUGUCUCGGUUACAAAAGCAAUCUCGAAGAGCUUAAGCUCCAACUAGUGCAUUGUUUUAAAAGGCUCAAUGCGCGUUACGCCUCAGAAAUCGAGUAAGAAGGAUAAGGGUUAGCUAUAUAUUUAACAAAAUUAUAUCUACAAAAAUCACCCUAAUCUAAUUUACUAACGAAAAUUGUUUACACUAUUUUAAAAUUGUAAUUGUUAAGAAUUUUCGUAUGUACAACGUUUUGUAAAAAAUGAAAAUUAAGAAUUCAAUUUUACAAGGCAAACAACGAAUCGAAAUAAAUGUUGGAAGUAUUAUACUUAUA